AUGACGAUCGGCUAUGAUCCAGCGCGAAUGGGCAAGCAACGCCGCAAGAUCGAGACUGGCAGCUCCCUCCGUGGAUCGGCUCGGCGAGGAGAUCCGCCGCUGCGCCAGAUCCAAGGCCCUAGCCGAUGGCAAGCAAAUCCACGCCGAGCUCGGCAAGCUGGGGCUGGAUGGAUCAACGUUUCUGGGGAAUCUCCUCGUCCAGAUAACGGGCAUUUUGGUGACGCGAAGAAAAUCUUUGAGCGGAUGCCUGAGAGAGACUCGGUCUCCUGGAAUCUGAUGAUCACAAGCUUCGCGCAGAAGGGAUGGGUACGCGAGGCCAGAGAGGUCUUCGAUCAAACCCCGGAUCACGACACCGUGACAUGGAACGCGAUGAUCGCAGCGUAUGCCCAGAACGGGUAUUCCCAGCAGGCGAUCGAUCUCUUUCGACUGAUGCAAAUUGAGGGCGUCGCGGCGGAUCGCAUUACAUUCACGACCGCGAUCGAAGCGUGUGCUGGCUGCCUCGCGUGGGCGUCCCUCGGCCGGAUCAUCCACGCGGAGGUUGCGAGCAGUGGCGUCUUGCUGGAUCGCAAGGUCCACAACAGCUUGAUCAAUCUCUAUGGCAAGGCCGGGCAGGCGAUCGAGGCGGCCAGCGUCUUCCACUCCAUGGCCGGGAGGGACGUGAUCAGCUGGACCGCACUGAUGAUGAGCUUCUCGCAGCACGGCCAUCUCUCGCAGGCGAGCAGCGUCUUCGAUCGGAUGCCGCAGCACGACAACCUCGCCUGGAACGCGCUCAUCAUCGACUUUGCCCGGAUCGGUGACCUCUCCUCCGCGAUGCGUCUCUACAAUUUCCUCCCGGAGGAGAGCCCCGUCUCCUCAACCACGAUGAUCGCAGCGUUCGCCCAGAACGGGCACUUGCAAGGAGCGAGAGACGUCUUCCACGCGCUGGCCGACCCGGAUGUGGUGGCCUGGAACGCGAUCAUCGCGGCGGCGGUCCAGCACUCGAGCUUCCGCGAGGCGCUGGAGCUCUUCCGGGCAAUGGUGGCGAGCGGCGCGUCCCCGAAUCGCAUCACCUUCAUCAGCAGCCUCCACGCGUGCGCGCGCGAGGCCGUGCUGGACGCGGGCAAGGCCAUCCACGAGGAGAUCUCCAUCCGGGCCCUCGCCGCCGACGCCACGCUCGCCGCGAUGCUCAUCAACGUCUACGGCCGCUGUGGCCAUGUCGCCACUGCGCGCAAGCUUUUCGACGACCUCCCGGAGCUGUGCGUGCUGCUGUGGAACACGAUGCUCGCGGCGUACGCGCACGCCGGCCACUCCGCCGCCGCAUUGGAGCUCUUCCAAGACAUGAACCUGGCGGGCUUCCACGCCGAUCCCGUGAGCUUUACCGUGCUUCUCUCGGCGUGCAGCCACGCGGGGGAGCUCCGCGACGCUCUCCGCUGCUUCGCAACCAUGGUGGGCGAUCACGGCAUCGUCCCUGAGAGGGAUCACUUCGGCUGCGUUGUGGAUCUCAUGGGGAGAACCGGGCAGCUGGAAAAGGCCGAGGAUCUCGUCGCCAACAUGCCGUUUGAGCCCGACUUUGUGAGCUUGACGAGCUUGGUGGGCGCUUGCCGGGUUCACCGAGAUCCAAGGAGGGGUCGCAGGAUCUCGGAGUUGGCACUCGCGUCGUCGCCCAAGAGAUCGUCCGCGUAUGCCCUCCUCUCCAGCCUCUUCGCCCAGGAUCACGAGGUGGACGAGUCGAAGUCCUUGCUGCUAGUGGAGGAGACGAUAGAUCAUUCGUUCUUCGAAUACAAGCAAGUUAGAAGAAGCUCUUGUUAUCACCAAUGCGAUUGA